ACACUUUAACAUAAGUAUCUACCUGGAUUCACAAUGAAAUUCACUUCUGUUUUAACUUUGUUUACCGCAGCCAUUGCGUCUGUUUCCGGUUACGAGACUACAUCUGAACCAAACGCAAUUGGUAUACUUGCUGAUUACCACAUUGUUCAAACUCCUAAUAUCAAAUCUAAUGAUGUUGCCAACUGGAUAAAUGACGAAACUGUUACUAUCAGCUACCAAAUCCAAAACAACGAAGCAGAAGAAAUCACUCUUAUUGGAGUCACUGGUUCCUACAGAGACCCAACCACAGGUGAAAUUGCCUCUAACUUGACCAAUGCCAGAAUUGAUGCUUUGGUUAUCGAACCAGGUACCUCUGGUAGUUUUGAGCAAGAUAUUGCCGUCAAUUUAAUUCCAGGUAACUAUCUUUUAGUUCCACAAAUCUUCUUGGCCCACGAAAACCAAGUCAAGGUUCUUACUGUCAGAGGCCAAUUGCUUACCAUUGACGAUGCUCCAAUCUCCAUUUUUGACCCAAGAUUAAUCUUGUUGGAAUUGGUCUUGCUUGCUUCCCUCGGUGGAUUGGCUUACCUUGGUUACGACAUCUGGGGUAAGCAAUACUUCCAAGGUGUUGUUCCAGUCAAGGCUGCUGCUGCCACUCCAAGAAAAGGUGCUUCUCCUUCAAGUGAAGGUUCCUCCAGAAGUGGUACUCCUUCCGGUUCAAGCUAUGACGUUAAUUGGAUUCCUGAAGGUCACUUGAAGCAAAAGAAGACCAAGAAGACCGCAUAACCAUGUCCAAUCACUUUAGUGUAUAAUUUUUUUCUGUGUAACGGUGUAUAAGUUUAAGUUUUCUAUGACGAUAAGAGUCUAAAUAAAUAAAUACUCAGCCUCGAUGCUACCAUGU